GUUCCCUCACUAGCUGCCCCUCUAUCUCCUUAACCUUCAGUGCGCUUGAAACGUGUGUAAGCCAUCACUGCCCCACCUCUGCCUCCAGAGUUAUGGCCAAAUACCUGUGCUUCCAAGAAGACCAAACCUCCUCCUCCUGCAGAGACCCGGGAGGAUGGGAAGGAUGUCCCUCAUGGAGCUGUAAAUAUCAUUAUUCCUACUCCACCACAAGACAAAGCGGAGCCUGGGGAAUAAACCCCACCCGCCUUCUAUCAUCUAGCAAUCAGCCUAAUGUCACCUUUACCAUUGAUAACCCCGCAUCCUGGGGAACCCGGAUAGCUAUAGUGGGGCUACGAAAUGCCAACCCCCUGAUGGCAGAGGAAAAAUUCUUAUCACCAAAUGCCUGCAACAAUCUCAUACCAACUGAGCCAUAGCGAAUCUCAACCAAACAUGAGUACAUACCCUUAAAUCACUGCAAAACCUCAACUAUUCCCUCCACUUCUCACUUAUCAACCUGCUAUCCACCUCCUUAACUCUUCCCAAGAAUUACUCCUCCCCUAACACUUCCUCAUCUUUCCUCUGCUGCCCUCCCAAAGAUUCCCUCCUUGUCCCCAUACCCAUACCUAGUAAUACCAGUGACAAGCCCUGCCGCCCUCCGCCGCUACUCUCUGCCCCCAUCCCUCCAAUACCCUCAUUUCUUGAUAUAACUGACUGUUGGCCAAACAACUCCACACUCUGUCCCCGCACUUCCACCCACCACAACUUAGCCCCUAAUACAAUUGCCCCCCCUGGCGUUUUCUUCCUCUGUAACUCCAUCCUCUAUGUCUGUCUGCCACACAACGUAAAUCAUCCCUGUUACUCAGUCAACCCUCAUCCCUCGCAUGACCAUAUACACCGAGGGAGAACUCAGCGACCUACUACACAGUCUUACCUCCCUUCCAGAAAUCCCAUCCCACCAUCGGCAACGACGGGCUGCCUCCCUCGCAGUACUAGUAGGCAUUAGCCUCGUCACAGCCGUCACCGCAGCCGGACUCGCCUCAGGAAGUCUAGCCCACUCACUCCUAGCCUCUCACCAAUUCACCCAAGACUUAACAGACCUAACCGAUUAACUCGCAACUACAGGUGAAGUCACUGCGCAAUCCGUACAACCCCUCCAGCUCCAACUUUCUUAUCUAGCCAAGUCACCCUUCAAAAUAGGAGAGCCCUAGACCUCUUAACAGCAGAAAAAGGCAGAACCUGCCUCUUCCUAUGGGAAGAAUGUUGCUACUACAUCAAUCAGGCAAAAUCGAAUAUAACCUCCAACGUCUUUCCAAUCUUUCUAAAGAACUCCUAAAUAAAAGAAAAAACCUCAACAAUAACACUUGGUGGCCCUUCUCAGACCAUUUUUUAAACUUUCUACUACCCCUUCUCUCCCCCUCACUCCUUAUUUGUACUCUGCUCCUAAUAGCCCCCUGUCUUCUUAACUGCUUCCGAACUCUCAUCCAAACUCAAAUUUCUAAAAUCACCAAUCAAACUAUUAACCAACUGCUUAUACAAGAUUAUCAGCUCUUGCAGAACCCAAGUGAGACCAGCCAUGAAGCCCGAGCCACCCCAGAUGCUACCACCAGAUGCUAAGAGCCAACCACUACCCCAGUAACUUCUUCAGCCCCAUUCACGCAGGAAGCAGCCAGAUAAGAACUUCCCAUUCCCCCUACUCCAGUUUCCAAUUUUUAACAAAAACAAAAGGUGGGAAUGAAAGAAAACCCACAUCCAGGAGCAAGCCCACCUAGAAAAACAGCACCAACAGUCCUUAAGUUUCCAAUGCUUCUCAGAAAACACCUGACCUGCUUCCCCCUCCGACAAGUAUAAAAGCCAGAAAUCCCCUACCCUUGCUGCUGCUCUCAUCUUGAGGCAGCCAUUUUGUCUCCGCAGAUAAUAAACUUCAUCGCAAGUUUCGUGCCUGCCUGCUCUCCUUUCCUCUUGUCACAGGAGUUGCGGGAAAACCUUUCACUACCUUCUUGGUUUCUGCGUCUUGGAGUGGUUCUGGGAACCCAGGACUGAUGGUGAUUCAGGAAGAGGAGCACCCUUUCUUUUAAGCUUGGGAUUUCUAGCAUGGAAAAUGGGGAUGGCGAAACAGUCCAGAAGCUCACACUGUCCAUUUCAUCCUCAGGUCUACCCUCUCAUAUCUUGCCUGCCUAGAAAGCACUGUGUAGACACAGAGAGGACGUCUAGGUUCCUGCAAGGUCCUGGCUUCUUGGAAACAGAUGGACUUUAUAACAAGUAAGGGCCAGAGAAGUCACCCCGGGCAGCAGAGAUCAGUCUUGAGAUGAGAUGACUUGUCCGGCCCUCUGGCAGAAUUGCAAGAACCCUGGGCUGACUCUGGGGCCAUAAUGUGGCCUGAUCCUCAUGCCUGGGGACAGCAGGACUGGGAGGAGACUUUGCCGUUGGAGCACAGGCAAGAUACAGAGACCGUGAAGACAGUGACUCAAAAUCAGGAGGCAAAAGAUUUUCCUCCUAAUGGUCCUGAGUGUCUCCAUGAGAAAGAGGAAAAACCCCCAAAAUGGGUCCCAGUUACAUUCAGGGAUGUGGCCCUGUUCUUCACGGAGGCAGAAUGGAAGCGACUGAGGUCUGAGCAGAGGAAACUAUACAAAGAGGUGAUGCUGGAGAAUUACAGGAAUCUGCUCUCGUUGGCAGAAACAAAGCCAGAUAUCUACCCCUAUUCCUCAUGCCUUCUGGCCUUCUGUCUGCAGUCCCUCAGCCAACGUACAUUCCCGAUCUUCUCAGGCUUUCCUAUAGAGAAUCACUUCCAUGCAGGGGAUUCUGACCUGGGGCAUCAGGAACAGCAGUAUUCUGCUCAAAGCUGCUGGAGUGGAAACACAGAAGGCCAAGUGAGGGAAGGUGGCUUGAAACCCUUGUGUGCAAGGACAGAGGAGAGAGAAACCUCAAAUGUGUUCCCCAGCCCACCCCGAGGACAGUCAGCAAGUCCUAGAGAAGCCAACACGGUGGUAGGCAUAGAGCCCACCUCAGCCCAAAGGGAAAACCCUGUGCAAACAGACAAAGGAGAGAAGGAAACCUCAAAAUCUGGAGCUGUCAACUGUAGAGAUGGUGAACUAGACUGUAGCCUGCAAUCAACAUUCAUUACAAACCAGCCAACCCUCUCAGGGGAGAAACCCCAUGUGUGUAGUGAGUGCGGGUGGGGCUUUAGCCAGAAGUGCUACCUUAUCAGACACCAGAAGACACAUGUAGAAGUGAAGCCUUACAUUUGCCCGAAAUGUGAACGGGGCUUUAGCCAGAAGUCACAUCUCAUCAAACAUCAGUGGACACACUCAGAUGAAAAGCCUUACAUUUGCAGGGUUUGUGGGCGAGGGUUUUGUUACAAAUCAUACCUUAUCACACACCAGUGGACCCACUCAGAUGAGAAGCCUUACUUUUGCAGCAAUUGUGGGCGAGGCUUUUGCAAGAAGUUGACUCUCAUCAAACAUGAGAGAACACACUCUGGGGAAAAGCCUUAUGUGUGCAGCAAGUGUGGGUGGGGCUUUAGCCGGAAAUCAUUGCUCCUUGGACACCAAAGGACACACUCGGAGGAAAAUCCUUACAUGUGCAAAGAGUGUGGUCAGGGCUUUGGCUGGAAAUCAUGCCUCCUUCAACACCAGAGGAGGCACUCAGGGGAGAAGCAUGUUUGCAGGCAGUGUGGGCGAGGCUUCAGCUUCAAGUCAAAUCUUAAGAGACACCAGAAGACACACUCAGAUGAGAAGCCUUACAAGUGCAGGGAAUGUGGGUGGGGAUUUAGGCGCAAGUCAAAUCUUACCAGACACCAGAGGAGGCACUCAGGCGAGAAGCCUCAUUUGUGCAGGGAGUGUGGGAGAGGCUUUAGUUGCAAGUCAGAUAUUAUGGGACACCAGAGGAUGCACUCAGGGGGAGAGCAUGUUUGUAGGGAGUGUGGGCAGUGCCUUAGCUGCCUGUCAAAUCUUAUCUGACAUGAGAGGAGGCACUCAGGGGAGAAGCCUUACCUGUGUGGGGAAUGCAGGUAAGUCUUUAGCUGCAAGUCAGAUAUGGAACACCAGAGGAUGCACUCACGGGAGAAGCAUAUUUGUGGGGGGUGUGGACGAGGUUUUAGCUGCAUGUCAAAUCUUAACAAACAUCAGAGGACACACUGAGAGAUAAGCUUUAUGUGUCCAGGGAUCAUGGGAAAAACUUUAGCAAUCAGUCAAACCUCAUCUUGACCAGAGAGACACACAGUAAGUACUUGCUAUGAUGUGUGGAGUGUGAGUAAAGCUUCAGAGAUGUGUUGACCCUCAUCAUACACCAAGGAUGCAUGUAGAUGGAGCCAUAUAUGUGCAGAGUGGGUAAGUGAAGCCAUAACUCAACCUUUACUGCACAAAGAAAUCACACUUAGGUGGGCAGUUUUGGUUGUGUAAAGACUGCAUGAGACUUUAGCAGCAAGUCAACGUUGAGUGAACAUCCAGUGCAGACUCAGGAGACUCGUUGCAUUUGGGGAGUGUUGGUGGGCCUUAGCAAGACCACACAGGAGGCACAAAAGGGCACACCCUGGGAGGAGUGGUGUGUUUGUAGGGAGUGUGGACAAGGCUUUUGUAAUCAGUUGGACUUCUUUACACACCAGAGAGUAACCUUUUCCUAGGGAUAUUCUGGAACAAGACCACCUUGUCAGGGCCCAUACCCUACUGCUCUGGAUAACUGCUGCUCAUGGUUGCAGAGAUUAACUCACUAGGAUUUGCUGUCAGCCACAGGAAUGGCACUUUCAUCAUCUUCCCAUGGAAUGACUUCUGCCCAGUGACUCUUUGAUGAGACAAACCCCCAACCCAUGAUUCAGCUGUGACAACUCCAGUGGGUCAUCCUGGAUGCAGAGGUCUCGGACUGAAUGAGCUCUUGGGUGCAAACAGUGCAGGUCAGCAUCUUUGCACACUCCUGCCCCAUUCCCCGUGAACCACUCGAUUCUCCAUCUCAUUGUUAGGGUAUCUGCUUGGAGACAUUUUAGGUAAUAAGGAGAGUGGACAAGACUUGGCUGGAAGUCACCUCUCAGCCAUCCUCAGAGUGUACAGAAUCAAAGCUGUACGAGCGGGGCCAGUGAGCAAGGACUCGUGAAAGCACACUUCGUUAUGCAUAAGAGAAUUGCUUGUCGGGGAGAAGCUCUGCUUGGACAGGGAGGGAGAUGGCGAUGCUUUGACAGUAAGUUACACCUAAUCCUGCAGCAGAGGACACACUCAGGGAGAAGACCUAGUGGGUGGAGUGUUAUCCUGAUAUCCCUCCCCAACAGGCAAGAGGACAGAGCUGCCCCCACAAACCACUACCUUGCCAACCUUUGAGGGCAUUUCAGAAGGCUUUGACCUUCCACACCCUGUAUGAGAGAGAAGAUGGCACUAACACCUGAAUAGACAUGUUUUCCCCACUUUUUAAGAUGGAAUAAAGAGGAAGGGUAUGUUGAA